ACUCUACCCGCCCUCGUACUCGUCUGUGCAUCUGUCGUUCCCUCUGAGUGGAGCGGACACGCAGUGGAAUUGCGCUGAAGGGAAGGAAAUGCCUUCUGGACUCUUGAUGGUCAUAUAACGAAUUUUGCUUCUUUGAGGAUCCCUGCUUAGCAGAGCUUAGUCCGUGGAAGCUACAAGACACGCUGAGUGAGGCAGGAUGCUCGGGUUGAGUGGUGCUGUCAAUUUGACAGCAGUCGCAGCUUUUGUGCUGUUGGCUUCUGUGUUGUCCUUCAACGUAGACCAGAAGAAUGGUUUGUCCUUUAGUGGGCCACUGGAGGACAUGUUCGGCUACACUGUCCAGCAGUUUGAGAACAGCGAGGGAAAAUGGGUUCUGAUUGGUUCACCGCUGUCUGGUCAGCCAGCCAAGCGAACAGGAGACGUCUACAAAUGUCCUGUAGGGACGGGGGACAACACAUGUGUCAAACUGGAGCUGCCCAAAAACACAACUGUUCCCAAGUUGCGUGAAGUCAAGGAGAACAUGACCAUGGGAACCACACUGGUGACCAAUCCCAGUGGAGGAUUUCUGGCGUGUGGUCCCCAGUAUGGCUACAUGUGCGGCCAGCAGCAGUACAUCUCAGGUGUUUGUGCGAAUGUCAGCUCCUCUUUCCAGAUCCUCAACUCCAUAGCUCCUGCAGUGCAAGAAUGUUCAAAGAAUUUGGACAUUGUGUUAGUUCUGGAUGGAUCCAACAGUAUCUACCCCUGGAGCAGCAUCGUUGACUUUUUGCUUCGCUUCCUCAAGAACAUCAAUAUUGGACCUGGACUCUCACAAGUGGGCAUAGUGUCCUAUGGUGAGAAUGUGACUCACCAAGUCAACCUGAACCAGUUUGGCAACAGAAACGAUAUGCUGAAAUUUGUCGAAAGACUUCCUCAGCACACCGGUACCAAGACCCACACGUUCUUGGCCAUUGAUACAGCCAGGAAAGAGGCCUUCAUGCCAGAGCGGGGUGCACGACCCGAGGCAAAGAAAGUCAUGGUGAUUGUGACUGACGGAGAGUCACAUGACUUCUAUGAUCUGGACAGGGUCAUUGGAGAAUGUGAAAAAGAUGGCAUCGAGAGGUUCGGCAUUGCUGUUUUGGGAGACUACAACCGUCAGAAUAAAAGUGACGAAGAGGUGCAGAAGUUUAUCAAAGAGAUUGAGUCCAUUUCCAGUCAGCCUUUAAAAGACCACUUCUUCAACGUGGCUGAUGAAUUUGCUUUGGUGAAUAUAGUGGAUACACUUGGAAGCAGGAUUUUUGCCUUGGAAGCUACAACUGGUAACUUCACCUCCUCCUUUGAGAUGGAGAUGUCCCAAGCUGGGUUUAGUGCUCACACUUCCAAGGAAGGUGUGUUACUGGGAGCAGUGGGAGCAUAUGACUGGAAUGGGACAGUGGUGAUGCAAACUGCCCAAGGAACACUUAUUCCUAAAAAAAAUGAGUUUUACGACCCAAAUUCUAAGAACGCCUAUGAAGGAUUGGCUGCAUACUACGGAUAUGAUGUCCAGUCAGCGUCCACCCCUAAAGGAGUGCUGUACAUCACAGGAGCACCGCGGUAUAACCACGUAGGCCGUGUUGUUAUCUACCGUCUGAGGAGGAACAAAAUUGUCAUUUCACAGAUACUGAAGGGAGAACAGAUUGGUUCAUACUUCGGCAGUGUCCUCCAGACUGUUGACAUCGAUGGGGACUCCAAUACAGACCUCCUUUUGGUGGGAGCUCCAAUGUACAUGGGCUCUGAAAAAGAUGAACAGGGACAAGUCUACGUCUAUAAACUCAAUCAGGAGGGCAAAUUUGAGCAUGAAUUUACUCUAAAACCUGUCAACCAGCACUGUUGUACUGCCAGCUCUGCUGGCUGCACCAAUAAAAAUGAACCAUGUGGUGCCCGGUUUGGCACAGCCAUAGCAGCAGUGUCAGAUCUGAACCUCGAUGGGCUCAACGAUGUGGCGAUAGGUGCACCCUUUGAGAAUGAUCAUAGAGGAGCCGUCUAUAUCUAUCAUGGAGACAAGAAAUCCCUAAAACAGGAGUUUGUCCAGCGUAUCCCUGCAGGUGGUGAUGGUGAAAAGGUGAAAUUCUUUGGUCAGUCCAUACAUGGAGUUAUGGAUCUGAAUGGAGAUGGAAUCACUGAUGUUACUAUAGGAGGUCUAGGAGGGGCUUCCUUGUUCUGGUCCAGAGAUGUUGCAGAGCUUCGUGCUGAAAUGACUUUCGAACCUGAUAAAAUCAACCUGCACCAGGCUCAGCACCAGUGUGAAUAUGGGGGACGCAAAUCUGUGUGUGUGAAUGCAACAGUGUGUUUCCAGUACAAUGUCAAAUCUGACAAGGAUGAAAUAAAGCCUCCUUCAGAAAUACGCUACAACAUGACUCUGGAUGCUCUGCGUGCCAAAGCUAGGGCUUCGUUUAUUGACUUGGUUAUGGAUAAAAGUGAUCGAAAGAUUACAAAGACCUUUGAGAUCAAAGACAAAGAGAAAAAAUGCGUGAAAGAAACCAUCAUGAUGUCGGCCCGGCUGGACUUCCGAGAUCCUCUCUUGGUGUCUUUGGUGUUUGGGCAAGCUGAUGAGGACACAGGUCCUGUCCUGGACGAAAGCCUUCCUAAAUCGAUUAAUAAGACAAUACCUUUGGUGGACUGUGGAGGCAAUCAGAAGUGCAUCACUGACCUCUCGCUCAAAGCAACACUCAGCGUAAACAAAGUGCUGAUUAAAGUUAAUACAAAGGACAGGAUUGACUUGAACAUCAACUUAAAAAACAAGAAAGACAACGCCUACAACACCAAAGUAAUUGUCACCUUCACAGAGAACAUCAACUUUGUUAAAGUAGAGCCGGAGAAGGACUGCUCUCUAAAUCACACGAGAGUGGAGUGUGCUGUUGGAUACCCUUUUCUAGGGAGUAAGGAGGAGGAAAAUUUCAAUGUGAAAUUUGAGACAAAUCCCAAGCAUUUUCAGGAAAACAUUGAGAUCGCUGUGACUGCUAUAAGUGACAGUGAGGAGCUGCCUCAAACCCAGGGUGACAACACUUGGCAGAUCGCCAUCCCUGUGAAGUAUGAAGCUGGAGUCAUUUUUAAUGCAGAGCAUAGGAAUGUACAUGUCGAAGUAAAAGAUGGUGAGCAGUACGCAUCAGAAUUCAAUGACACCAGCAUGAUCGGAGAGGAGGUCAACAUCAACUACACGGUUAUGACGUCAAGUGAUUCGAAGAUUCCACCUCUUCAACUUACAGUGUCAUAUCCAUAUUUGUCUCCACUGAAUAACAGGUUACUGUACCUGACACAUGUCAUCACCAGCCCACAGGUAAAAUGUGACUCAAAUAAUUUGAUCAACCCGGAUAAAAUCAACCCACGUGUUAUAGUACCCAAACCAAAAAAGGAAACACUCAGUUUCUUCCUGUUGCAAUGUGGACAAACAACGUGUGCAUCAUUUAACUGUAAAAUCCUCGAAGCCAAGAAGAGUUACAUCAAUGUUACGUUCCGGGUGUGGAAACCUACGUUCAUCAAGGGGGAGUUUUCCAGCCUUUCCAUGACAGUGAAUGGCACCUUGAACCUUGUAAACACUCGUCUAUUUGAACUGGACAGUAAUGACAGGAUUAGAAGUGUGAAGAUCCAGGUCUCAAAAGAGACAGUCAGUGGGAUUCCCAUCUGGAUCGUCAUCAUCAGUAUCCUGAUAGGACUGCUCAUCUUAGCACUUGUCAUCUUCAUUCUCUGGAGGUUUGGCUUCUUCAAGAGGAAAUCCCGGGACUACUCAAAGGAGGACAUGAUGGACUGAAGCUUUCAGAAAACCACCACUGGAUCACUCAGUGAGACAGACAACCAACCAGAGGGAGGAAAUGCCAUAAAACCCACAGACACCUCAGUGCUUUGACACAUUGACUACCUGGAAAACACAGUUUCUAAAACUGUGUCCGACACUGACAUGUGUCAGAGAAUCUUUGCAAAUACUUCCAAAUGAUUUUUCUGUGCUGUUUCAGGCAUCAGGUUACAAGACUGGGGUCCACUUUAGAUGGCCCCAUAAACAGAGCCAAUGACACUCACUGUAAAACUUUUUAUUUUGCUUCAGCUUCUCCCCCCUCCCAUUAACUGCUGACAAAGUAGCAUUUUACCUGCAUCACACACAGGCGUUUCACAUCUGCUUCAAAGCUACCGUAGCUCAACUCCAGUUUAAAAGGAAAAAUAGUCUCAGGUUUUUUAUUAUGCGAAUCCAAAGUUGCCUAAACCAUCUUACAAACAGUAAUUAAUGUUAAAACAUUUGCGGCCAAUUGUAUGAAAAGACAAUAUGUGAAUUCUACAUGCGCUGGAGAAGUUUGUCUUAUAGCGUUGACUCUUGUGUUAAAACAUGUUUUCUUGAUACAUUUUACGAAACACUGUAACUUCUAGCAUUUUAUAGCAUUUUGUUGUUGCUGUAUUUUAACUAUAUAACUUGGCACAUGUUUUAUUUUAAAGUGUUGGCCAAAUAUGAAAAAGGAAUGCAAGAUUUUCCUCAAGCAAAGGUGCAGUCUGUAUGCUUUCUUUUAUUGCUAUCCAGUUUUGGUGUUAAGUGAGUGUAGUUCAUGUCACCUUGGUUACUGAGAUACAGAAAGCAGCACCUUUGAUUGUACUGUAAAUAGAUGUGCUCACAGAUGUAAAGCUUUCAUAUGUACAUAAUUUUGUUUGCAUUUAAUUUAAUGUUUAAUUUUCUUUUCUUUUUUGUGGUCAUUCCUUAUUUUUGUGGAUUUUGCUCAGGUGCUAAAAGUAUAAUGAAUAAGGACAUCUGCAUUGGACACAUCAGAAAAUUAUCUGGCUUUUGCCACAAAGUUAAAGCUUAUGCAAAUAUGUAAAUAUUGUUAUAUUUGAUGAAAAAUUAACAUAUAAUUUUCUGUACUGAAAAAUAUACAGUGAUGAUGGUUUGUAUCUGCUAUUUUGGUUUUAUUUGAUCAGCAAAUUAUUUUUCAAACUUGUUGAAAUACUGAAUUUUGAUGCUGAAUGAGAUUAGAUUAGAUUUCAACCUUUUUAUUUGCAUAAUAGAUCAAGUUCAAGUUUAUUUAUAUAGCAAAUUUUUUGCAACAGCAGUUGCCCAAAGUGCUGAACAAUAGAAAUGAUGGGCAUAUUGCUCCAAUUUAGAAAUAAAUGUCUUCCCAUUCUCCAGUUUUCUCCAUCUAGUAAAGGGAUUCCCUGUUUGCUUCAACAUUUACACAAAACAUUAGCUCACUGUAGGUUCACUGUCACCCCGUAAGCGAUACAUAGUACCUUAUUCAUUCAGGUUCUCUGCUUUGUUUUUGUUUCCAGCAGUGGAACAGCUACACAGUAUACUGAGAGAGAUGCUGGGGAAAUAUUUUCUGCAAAUAUAUUUGACUUUUUCCCUCACUGGUGUGGAAUAAAUUUUAGGGGAAAUGGCAAUAUAAAGAGACAGCUUUUGAGCAUUUCAGUUCUCCUCAGCUCUCGCCCUUUACUGUUGGCAUGAAGUACAUGUAAUAAAUUGUUUGUACAAAACAUGAAAGCAUUAGUUGUUUUAAGAUUGUAUGGCCACAUCUGAUUUAUGCACGAAGGGGAGUAAGAGGCACAAAGUGAAAGUUAUGAGCUCCAGGCCUGCCUUCUACACUGCUGUGAAGUUUUCAAUGUAAUGCACUGGUUUGUUAGAUUUUAUGUGUCUUCAUCAGCACAGAAAUGAACUAAAUCCUAUGUACCAAAAUAAAGACAUUUUAUGAGAAA